AUGAUGCCUGGCCAGCGACUGCAAGGCUGCCGCUCCCUGCACCUCAACGAGGACAACGGCCGCUUCGCUCUGCUCGCAGUCCUCAUCAUACUGUACCUGCUGUGCGGCGCUGCGGUCUUCUCGGCCAUCGAGAGGCCGUCGGAGCUGCGGGCUCACGGCCGCUGGAACGGGACGCUCCUCAACUUCAGUGAGACCUUCAACAUCAGCCUGCAGGACCUCAACUCCUUCCUGCGGGAGUACGAGGCCGCCAUCGCCGCCGGGAUCCGGGCUGAUGCUCUGAGGCCACGAUGGGAUUUUACAGGGGCUUUUUAUUUUGUUGGAACUGUGGUGUCGACUAUAGGUUUUGGGAUGACAACGCCUGUGACAGUGGCAGGCAAGGUGUUCCUGAUCUUUUAUGGGCUUCUGGGCUGUGCUGCCACCAUCCUCUUCUUUAACCUCUUCUUGGAGCGCAUCAUCACACUGCUGGCCGUGGUGAUGAAGGCUGUGAGGGAGCGGCGAAUCAGGAACAGUGGACUACUCCCGCCAGGCAUCCGCCAUGACUUCUCUGCCUACUCCCUCCCCGGCUGGAAGCCCUCCGUGUACCACGUGAUGCUGAUUCUCGGACUGUCAGCCAUCACCAUCUCCUGCUGUGCGUCAGCCAUGUACACCCCCGUGGAGGGCUGGGCUUACUUAGACUCACUGUACUUCUGCUUUGUCACCUUCAGCACCAUCGGAUUUGGGGAUUUUGUCAGCAGCCAGGGCGCGGCUUACGAAUACCAAAGCCUCUACAGGGUGGCCAACUUCCUCUUCAUGCUCAUGGGAGUGUGCUGCAUCUACUCGCUCUUUAAUGUCAUCUCUAUUGUCAUCAAGCAGGUGCUCAACUGGAUUCUGGAGAAAAUGAGCUGCUUGUUUUGCCAGCGCUGCAAUAAGGCCAACGUCCUCCUGGGCAGACGCAAUGCCAUCCGCCCGGGCACCAAGGGUCGGCAGAGUCGGCCACCCGACUCAGAUGGACCUUGUGAUAGCGAUACUGAGGGACGCAGACUAUCAGGGGAGAUGAUCUCUAUGAAAGACUUGGCAGCCUCUAACAAGGUGUCGCUGGCCAUCAUGCAGAAGCAGCUGUCUGAGUCGGCCAACGGGUAUCCCAGGACAGUCUGUGGCAGCUCACGUCAUAAUGGUUUCUCUGGGGGGGUUGGCGCACUCGGUAUCAUGAACAACAGGCUGGCAGAGACGAGUAACUCCAGGUAG